CACUCUUCCCACCUUCAACUAUAACUCCCUCUACUUUCUCUCAUACUUAGAAUUUUGUAUUUUCUACAGUUUUUUUAAGGGAAAGAUGAACAGACCAGGAGAUUGGAACUGCAGGGCAUGCAACCACCUCAACUUCCAGAGAAGAGAAUCUUGCCAACGAUGUGGUGAAUCAAAGUCGAUGUCUAGCGGCGGCGGAGGAGAUUACGGUGUAGCCGCCUUCGGCGGUGGAAGAGGCUCUAGUUCGCCUUUUCCUUUCACCACUGGCCCAGAUGUCCGCCCAGGUGACUGGUAUUGUACUGUUGGUAACUGUGGAGCUCAUAACUUUGCCAGCCGCUCUAGCUGCUUCAAAUGUGGUGCUCCUAAGGAUAUUGAUACCUUCUCCUCUGACUCCUCAGACAUGCCAAGGCUAUUGAGAUCACCAUACGGCUUUGGAGGCGGUGGUAGCGCAGGCGCCUCCACCCGCCCCGGAUGGAAAUCCGGUGACUGGAUAUGCACCAGGUCUGGUUGUAACGAGCAUAACUUUGCGAAUAGAAUGGAGUGCUACCGAUGCAAUGGCCCGAGAGACCCUAGUUCCGGAAGGUCUUCCUAUUUAUCAUGAACUUCAUUUCUCCAUCAUGGUUUGGUGUUGAAGAAGAGAGAAUUGAUAGAGGCUAUUAUGUUUCCUAGCUAGAGAUAGUUAUUUAUUUUUGGUCUCUAUCAAUGUUACUUUCUUCAUAUUUUUUUUCUCUUUUGUUUUUGCUUCUUUUGAUUUUGUUUGAUCGAGCUAGCUAGCUAGAAAGGAAUCUUGUUUAGGUUUGAAUAAUAUUUUGAGUAUGGUUGGUGCUGAUCAGUGUAUCUCGGCGGUUAUUAGCUAUGUACUAUCUAGCUAGCCCAUGUACUUUUUUUCAGUAUCAACAGUUUAAUAUUAAUUAGUACUAUGAUUAAUUUGGUGCAAAGAUGUUGUGUUGUGUUGUUGUUUAUCCAAGACGUGUUCUCAA